AUUAUCUCAUUCUAAACAAGAAUUGUUUUUUUUUUUUGUAACUGUGCUAUUCAUGCGUGCAUGAUGCAUUUGUAAGGAAGAGAAACAUUUACUCCCAUCCACAAAGCUUUAACAUCCUUUCACUAUAUAAAUUCCUCCAUUUUUUUCAAUUUUUUCAAGUCAGAGUUGGUUCUUUUCCUCUUACGAAAAAUAAAUAAAUCUCUCAUUUUUGCUGGUAAAAAAAAUAUACAAAAACAUAAAAAAAAAACAAAAAACAUCACCAGCAAAAAUGAGUCGCUCAACUGUUCCUUUGCUUUGUUCCUUCCUCCUCUUGGCCGCGUCCUCUGCCUCAGCCUUCAAUGUCACAAGAAUCCUCAGCCAGUAUCCCGACUACAGCACUUUCAAUGAACUUCUUUCGAAAUCUGGCUUAGCUACUGACAUUAACUCAAGGGGUACAAUUACACUUUUGGCAGUCCCAAAUGGUGCUGUUGGUGAUCUCACCUCGAAAUCUGAUGAUGUUCUUAAGAGAGUGUUGUCAACACACGUCGUGUUGGAUUACUAUGACCCAAUGAAACUCCAGAAGAUGAAGGACAAGACAGCUAAAAUGACAACAAUGUAUCAACAAUCAGGUAAAGCAGCAUAUGAUCAAGGUUUCUUGAAUGUUACUGCUAAAGAUGGUAGCUUUGUCUUCGGUUCAGCUGUUGUUGGUGCUCAACGCGAUUCAAAACUUGAGAAAUCCGUCAUGAAUCAACCUUACAACAUCUCAAUUCUUGGAAUUUCACAACCUAUUGUUACACCUGGUCUUGAUGGAACAAUGGCACCAAUAUCUGCCCCACCACCAAAGGCUAAGAGUUCACCAGUAGCAGAGGCCCCUGCUGAAGAAGAGGAAGCAGAGGCCCCUACUGAGGAAGAAGCAGAGGCCCCUGCUGAAGAAGAAGCGGAGGCCCCUGCUCCUUCUGAGGAUGCCGAUGCACCAGCAUCUGGUGCAGAUGCUGAUGCACCUCCGGCUGAUCAGGCACCACCACCAUCAUCUGCUGGAAAAUUGAAGGUUUCAUUUGGUUUGUUUGUUGUUUUGGCAACAAUGGUUGUUGCCUAAUUUUAUUUCUAAAUUAGGGAUCAUUUGAGUUUGUAUAUGGAAAAGUAAAAUCCCAAUAUUUUCUAUGACUUAAUAAAAUCAUGAUUGUAAGUAUAGUAAUCACCUUGUGUUUUUUGCGAAUCUGAAUUAGUCAGGCUAGUAAAUUUUCCUGGAUGGUUAUAUGUUAUUUAUAUUGUAUGAUCGAUUUUGAAAUUUUUUAAGGAAGAACAAUGAUUACGAUGAUCUCUCUCUCUUUUUUAUGUCUACUUUGCUAAUAUAUAUAUAUAUAUAUAUUUGGUAUUUUAUUGAUGAAAUAAUGAGUAUAAACACCACCUUACACCACCUCAGGAAAAGCCUAUUUCCUACAUGGCCAAAUCGACUAGGAAAGAAAUAAACAAACAACCAAAAACAAAACACCUAAUAUUUUGAACCUUCCUGUUCCCUUUAUCCCUUUGCUGGAGUUACUCUCAAAUAGAGACAUUUUUGUUUAUCACUGUUAAUGAUCUUUCUUCCUGCUACUUCCAAACUGCUGAAAUCUUGAUAAUUGCACCCUCCGUUGUCGAUUGCAAUAUUUGCCAAGUAGUCUGUUAGUUAAUUUCCUUCCCUGAGAGUGUGCUGGAAUGUAUGUUGUUUGUCUUGUAAGGAUGUUUUGAUUUCUGUUACCAUCUCUGUGAUUAUCCAGGGACAUGACCAUUUUCCUUCUAGAAUUUUGUACAAUAUCAUAAAGUCUGUUUGAAUGAUUAUAUUAUUAUGUUGUUCCAGCAUGCUAUGUUUACAUGCUUCUAGAAUCGCAUUCGCCUCUGCUACAGUAUUAGUGGUGUUUUCAAUAGUAGCUCCCUCUACAUACAGUAAAUCUCCUAUUUCAUUCCUCAAACAAAAGGCAUAGGAGCUUAUACCUGGAUUUCCCCUCGAAACCCCAUCUGUAUUGUAUUUUAGCCAGCCUACUGGUGGGAAAUCCCACAAUACUCUUGUUACCUUCAUCUUGGGACUGUAACCUUCCAAUUCUUUAAUCAUAUCUAGCCAAUUAUUAGGACAUUUCAUAUUAGGCUUCCUCAUUUGUAUCAUCAUAAAAAUGUUCCUGGUAAUAUUAUGAAUAACUCUUUGAAUUGAUGUCUUUUUUCCCUCAUGCUUCAUUCUAUUUCUCCUUCUCCAAAGUUCUCAUAUUAUAAAGAUAGGGAUAGCUUUAUAGGAUGGUCUCAUUCCUUUUUUAACAUCUGUCUCUCACCAUAACAUUAUCACUUCCCUCAAGUGCAGCCCUUCAAUGUUGAAACCUGCAAAAGAACAAAAAUAGGACUAAGUCCUGUUAGCUAAAAAAGAUCUCAGGAACACAUGAGCAAGUGUCUCCUAAGUGGGUUUUUCACAACACCAGCACCUAGAUGGACCUUCCAGUCCCCAUCUUCUCAGUCUGUCAUCUGUAGGUAGUUUGAAUUUCCAUAGUCUCCACAUUGUAAAUGCCACUUUAAAGAAAAUGUUUUUUAUCCAGAUCCACUUGUAAAUUUUGUUUUCUCCUUCUUUAUGCCUUAUAUACUACCAAGCUGAUUUUACAGAAAAGGUUCCUUUAUUAUCCAUCAUCCAUACUAAUUUAUCUGACUCAAUUAUUUGUCAAGGAGGUUGAAUAUUAUGACUGAUAUACUCUACUAGCUCCUGUGGUAGUAUAUUAUUCAAAACUUUUAUGUCCCAUUUUUCCCUCUUUACUAAUUCAUCAACUCUUUUGUAAUUGUCUUUCCAUUCAUAGUCUUCUCCUGUAAUAGUGUACAAGUUCCCAGUCCCGUCCAGUUAUCAUACCACACUGAUGCUGAUCCCUUUCUUAGUAGCUAAAAGAUUUGAUGCUCAAUAAGAUCUUUGGCCUAUAGCAUUUUCUUCCACACUUGUGAUCCUCCAUUUCCUAAUCUCCACACCACUUCUUUUGUAUGCUCCUUUCGACAAUACUUAUUUCUCAUAUACUCACUCCAUAGUGAUGACUUUGUUCGAAAAUUCUACCAUAGUUUAUAAAAUAGGGCCAUUGAUAGUCUGAAUCCUAGUCUCCCUUCCUUCUCUGGCAAGCAUAAAUUGCUUCACUUUGUCCAAUGUCUUCCUCUCCCUCCAGCACAACUGCUCCAAAAAAUUGUGCUAUUAUUUUUUGAGCUUGAUUCAGUAAAUUCAUGGGAGGAUUCAUGACUGACAGGCAAUGAAGGAGAUUGCUUUGGAGCACAUGUUUUAUUAGAAUAGCUCUUUCUCCACAUUAUAGUAAUUUUCCUUUCUAUGCCUGAAUAUUUGAACCAAUCCUUUGUAAAAUCUACUGAUAAUAUGUUUUCUGCUUUCUUUUUUAGAACAUAGGGCAUCCCAAGUAAGUGAAAGGGAAUUUCUGUUUUAGGAUUC